GGCGGCGGCGGCCGCGGCCGAGGUGCUGCAGCAGCUGGUGUGGAUCCUGCCGUCCUGUGCAGCCCGGGGCAGCGCUGCCGCCUGGCCAGCGCUCGGAGAUUUUCCAAAAACAAUGGCAACACCUCGAGGGAGGUCAAAGAGGAGAGGUGCUUUCGAGGUUUCUUCGGAUAGCCUGCCUUUGAGGAGCUCCGGGAGGCAGGCAAAGAAGAAAGCAACAGAGACCACAGACGAGGACGAAGAUGGUUCGUCGGAAAAGAAGUACAGGAAAUGUGAGAAGGCUGGCUGCACGGCACUGUAUCCCGUGUGCUUUGCAAGUGCUUCUGAAAGAUGUGCCAAAAACGGCUACACCUCCCGAUGGUAUCACCUUUCCUGUGGGGAACACUUCUGUAAUGAAUGCUUUGACCACUACUACAGAAGCCACAAAGAUGGCUAUGACAAAUACAUGGCGUGGAAAAGAGUGUGGACCAGCAAUGGCAAGACAGAGCCCAGCCCCAAGGCGUUCAUGGCAGACCAGCAGCUGCCCUACUGGGUUCAGUGCACAAAACCAGAGUGUGGAAAGUGGAGGCAGCUUACCAAGGAAAUCCAGCUCACUCCACACAUGGCAAGAACUUACCGCUGUGGCAUAAAGCUAAAUACUAUCACCAAGACUGACUCCCCUGAUCAUUGUUCUCUGCCUGAGGAUCUAAGAGUACUGGAAGUUUCCAACCACUGGUGGUACUCCAUGCUUAUCCAGCCUCCUUUGCUAAAAGACAGCGUGGCUGCACCGCUGCUCUCUGCCUACUACCCUGACUGUGUUGGCAUGAGCCCCUCCUGCACCAGCACAAACCGUGCCGCAGCCACCACCACCAGCAGUGCCAGCCCAGGGAAGAUGGAGCCCUCCAAGGCAGCCCCCUCUCCACUUGAAUGUGGUGAGUGUCGAUUGCAGAGUUGGACAGCUGUGCCAUUUACUGAUCUCACAGACUCUGAAGGAAGCUUUAGGCUGUUUCUAGGCAUGAACCGCUACUUCCAGCCAUUCUACCAGCCCAAUGAGUGUGGCAAAGCUCUGUGUGUGAGGCCCGAUGUGAUGGAGCUGGAUGAGCUCUAUGAGUUUCCAGAGUAUUCUCGAGACCCCACCAUGUACCUGGCUUUGAGAAACCUCAUCCUCGCUCUGUGGUACACAAACUGCAAAGAAGCUCUCACUCCUCAGAAGUGCAUUCCCCACAUCAUCGUCCGGGGCCUUGUGCGCAUUCGAUGCGUCCAGGAAGUAGAGAGGAUUCUUUACUUCAUGACAAGGAAAGGCCUCAUCAACACAGGAGUUCUCACCGUGGGAGCCGGCCAGCAUCUUCUUCCUAAACACUACCACAAUAAAUCGGUUCUGGUUGUUGGGGCUGGUCCAGCAGGCUUAGCAGCUGCUAGGCAACUACAUAACUUUGGUAUGAAGGUGACUGUCCUGGAAGCCAAAGGUCGAAUUGGAGGCCGAGUCUGGGAUGACAAGUCUUUUAAAGGUGUCGUAGUGGGAAGAGGACCCCAGAUUGUCAAUGGCUGUAUUAAUAACCCAGUAGCACUGAUGUGUGAGCAACUUGGCAUCAGCAUGCAUAAGUUGGGAGAAAGAUGUGACUUAAUUCAGGAAGGUGGACGGAUAACUGACCCCACUAUUGACAAGCGCAUGGAUUUUCAUUUUAAUGCUCUCUUGGAUGUUGUCUCUGAGUGGAGGAAGGAUAAGACUCUGCUCCAAGAUGUCCCUUUAGGAGAGAAGAUAGAGGAGAUCUACCAAGCUUUUGUGAAGGAAUCUGGCAUCCAGUUCAGUGAGCUGGAAGGCCAGGUGCUGCAGUUCCACCUGAGCAACCUGGAGUACGCCUGUGGCAGCAGCCUGCACCAGGUGUCUGCUCGCUCCUGGGACCACAAUGAAUUCUUUGCCCAGUUUGCUGGUGACCAUACUCUUCUAACUCCUGGGUACUCUGCUAUCAUUGAAAAACUGGCUGAAGGACUAGACAUUCGCCUCAAAUCUCCAGUGCAAAGUAUAGAUUAUACUGGAGAUGAAGUGCAAGUUACCACGACAGACGGUAUAGGGUAUUCUGCACAAAAGGUACUGGUCACGGUGCCACUAGCCAUUCUACAGAGAGGUGCCAUCCAGUUUAAUCCACCAUUGUCAGAGAAGAAGAUGAAGGCCAUCAAUAGCUUGGGUGCAGGCAUCAUUGAAAAGAUUGCCUUGCAGUUUCCAUAUAGAUUUUGGGACAGUAAAGUUCAAGGGGCUGACUUUUUUGGUCAUGUUCCUCCCAGUGCCAGCCAACGAGGACUCUUUGCUGUAUACUAUGACAUGGACCCCCAGCAGCAGAGUGUACUGAUGUCCGUGAUCUCAGGGGAGGCGGUCGCAUCCCUCAGGACCAUGGACGACAAGCAGGUGUUGCAGCAGUGCAUGGGCAUCCUUCGGGAGCUGUUUAAGGAGCAGGAGGUCCCAGAUCCCACCAAGUAUUUUGUCACACGAUGGAGCACAGAGCCAUGGAUCCAGAUGGCAUAUAGUUUUGUCAAGACAUUUGGAAGUGGUGAGGCCUAUGACAUCAUUGCUGAAGAAAUACAAGGAUCUGUCUUUUUUGCUGGUGAGGCAACCAACAGACAUUUCCCACAAACUGUUACAGGGGCAUAUUUGAGUGGCGUUCGAGAAGCAAGCAAGAUUGCAGCCUUUUAAGUAGAACAUGUAUGGAUGGACCUACCUUUCUUCUGUGUCCCAAAUAGAAAAGUUUGAAACACAAGUUAAACUUAAGUUUUGUAAGAGAGAGGAGACUGUACAAUAAGAUUGAAAUGUUUCUGUGGUGAUAGGAAAAAGCAAACCCAUUUCACUUCUGAAAUCACUGACUCAAAAUCCUUCUAGGCACUUACAUUGAAUUUUAUCUUUCCAUAGGCCCAGUAUAGCCUAAAAUUGAGACCUUACAGAUCCCUUCAGACUGUACAUUCUCAUUGGCAGAUUACUUUUCCUAUAUUAUGAAUCACGUCAUCCAGCAGGAGUCAGUAGGAAACUUAGAAAGCCAUGUGUGCUGUGACAGUUUCUCAGUCCCUUUACCAAUGAGCCUUAAUAUUUCUACACAGCUCCAAUCUUUGGGCUUUUUUUAAAAAUUUUCAAUUCUUUUUUGAUACAAUUUGAAGGUAUGACAUUAAGCUAGGCUAUUUUAUACUGCGUAUUUCUUUUCAUUGGGUAUUCAAAACUUAAGAUUCAGGUAUAUUUUGAUAUUUUAGGUCUGUGCACUCAACAACACAAGAGAGUAUGUAUGUUACAUUCUCAAUGGGUGCAGAAUGUUUUCACACUAUAAAACAAACCAUUUUUGGGUGGGCAGUAUACUUAAAAUUUGGCAAAAAUCUUGUCAGAAUAAUUUAAAAGCCCCUCUUAUUUUUAAAGUACUUUACAGUGUCUAAUAUUUUAUAUAGUUUACAGUAAGUUUCCCAUAGGCAGGUCCACUGGAAAACUGCAGAAAAACUUAAUUAUCUUGGUACAUAGCACAUACUUUAUAAGCCAUAUGUUAAAGUCUGAAUAUGGCAAAACUUUUCCAUUUAAAGUUUGUUUAAUAAACAUACGUUUCAGGGUCUUUUAGAUGCCUAUUCUGCCAAGACACUUCAGUUGACAAACUAGAAAUAUGCUUUUGUUUUAAAAAGUCAUUGAACAGUUCUUUGAAUUAUAUUGAUCUGCUUUUAAAAGGGGGCUACAAAGGACUUCAAAGCCACUUUUUGAAAUUAGGUAUUUCUGAAAUUCAAAAUUAGCUUGUUAACAGUGAAGUGAGCUCUAGACAGUCUAGAUAUAAACCCUCCCUGUCAAGGUAUGAUACAAGCCAAUGACUACAUAUUUCAAAGUUAAUCAUUCACUGUACUUAGAAGUUAUUUGUUGAGACUCAUUGGUACUGAUAAGGGAAGUAUUCUGCUUUAAUGUAUAAGUAAAAAUGUUUAGUGUGUGUGAAGUGAUAAAUGCAAAAUGUUAAAAUUUCAGUCUAAGUUAUUUAGUUUCUAGGCACUUGAGCUUGUAUUAUGCCAUUUCAUAUAAAUGUGUAUUUAAUCUUUAGUUUUAAGUGACAUACUUAAUUUCAUGUUGUUCUACAGGAACUAUGGUACUUUUGAGUUGCUGUUUUUCAACCUCUUUAAGAUUUUUGUUAGCCGGGCAGUGGUGUUGCACGCCUUUAAUCACAGUACUCGAGAGACAGAGGCAGGGGAAUCUCUGAGUUCAAAGGCAGCCUCUGGUCUACAGAGUGAGUUCCAGGAAAGCCAGGGCUAUAUACAGAGAAACCCUGUCAUUAAAAAAAAAAAAAAAAAAAAAAAUUGUUACAGAGCAGAAGCAUACUUGCAGUGAUGUAACUACACAUCAUGAAUGGUUGGUUAUGUAAAACUGCUCAAUGAGAACUUCUGCAAACACCCUUAAUAAAAAGUCUAGCAUCAAUGUCAA